AUGGCUGCUAUAAUCGGAGAUUUCGUUUCAGAUCAUACGCGCCUCCAUAAUAUGAUUGCAGCUUCUAGCCUACCUCACGAACACUCGCGAUCUCGUGAAUCUUCAUAUCGGUCAGAUUCUAGGAACCGACCGCGCGAAACACCAUCUCAGACCGGUUACUCUCCUACUAUUUCAGCCGCGUCUUACCGACCUUCAGUGCCGAGUGCUACACCUUCUAAACGAUCUUGGGAAUCUACAGAGACAGGGACGGGGACGGAGCAAAAAUACAUCUCAUCUACCGGCGGAGCCUCAAGGUUCCCCACGCCACCUGAUUCUUCCUCGCCGAACCCCGCUUCUACACGCGUAAGAGCACAGAAUGCGAGCCCGUCUUCGGAAUACAUGGCAUCGGAGACCCAAGCGACUACAUCGGCAGUACCUAGUAGUUCCACGCCCACACCUACCCAACAGCAACCAUCUCCUGAUUCCGACUCAUACAAGUCUCCCACUCCACGCGUCAAUGCCGAUAAUACCUCAACUUCACCGGAGGGGCACACUGUCUAUGUGCGCGAUCUCGCACACAUCCAGAGCCUUGCUCGCGCCGAUCUAAUGAACGGGGGCAAUGGCCCCGGCAUAUUAAACGACCCGCCACUCCAGGCGAUGAAGUAUGAGAUCAGCCAGAUGCCGAUAGGUGACAUCAUUGAAAUGGUUGCGGCUCUUUUAACAAAAAUCACCACCACCAAUGAUCUUCAGCAUGAUGCGUUACAUAGAAACGCUACCCACCAGCAGACCGCGGCCAGCCACAAUAGCGAAGGCACUUCGAUGAGCCCUUUGAGCAGUUCUGUUCUUGCAUUCCACGGCAAAAACGUGCCGGCGAUCACGAUUUUGAGCUAUCUGAGCAGGAUUCACAAGUACUGCCCAACUACGUACGAGGUGUUCCUCAGUCUUUUAGUUUACUUCGACCGAAUGACUGAGCGCGUGAACACUAUGGUAAUGGAGGCAGAAGCAGCAAGAAGGCAGUCACAGACUCAACAACCCCUACGACCUCAGGCCCCGGUGGCAGAGACACAGUCCUACAGCAAUGCCGAUAGGGAGAUGCGUGAUGAUGACAGUGAUGGAGACGAAACUGAAUCCGAUCUCGUCGACGAUGACCCUGAUGAAAAAGGGGGCGAAAAAAGAAGUCGGGAAAAGCGAGCAAGGGCGCCACCGCCACCACCUACUUCACCCGCCACUUAUUUUGUUGUCGACAGUUUCAAUAUUCACCGCUUAAUCAUUGCCGGUGUCACUUGUGCGAGCAAGUUCUUCUCGGAUGUUUUCUACACUAAUUCGAGAUAUGCUAAGGUCGGUGGUCUCCCAUUAGCAGAGCUCAACCAUCUCGAGCUGCAGUUUCUUCUAUUAAACGAUUUCCGACUUGCUGUGCCUGUCGAGGAUCUAGAAGCUUAUGCAACGAUGCUUGUCGAAUUUUACGCUCGAGAAGUAGUUGCUCAGCGUUCGCGGCCGGUGAGCGGGGCCGAGUAA